ACCUGAUUGGACGACGGUGUUUGUUUAUUUCUGUAUUGCGAGAGGCACAGUGGCAGACCGACGCUUCCCGAACGAUGGAGUCAGCUGUUAUCAUCAAAGUGCUCUGUGCCAAUCGCGGUGCGAUGGAUUGCGACGAUUUGCUCGUCAACAGCGGAUUCAAUGUUCUGAACUUAAACGGCGCAUCGGAGAAAUUUCACAUCGCGGUCCUCAGCGGGAAGACAGUGGCGAUCGCGAGAACCAAAGUGAAACUCUGCAAAGCCAGAGACUGUGACUCGUGCAACAAUCUACACCUGUGUAAAUUCUACCUGUACGGGGAUUGCAGGAACAGCAGAGGAAGGCGCAGGUGCCGCUUCUGCCACGACCUGAAUUCGGAGCACAAUGCUGCAGUGCUUCGGAGCCACGACCUCCAGGACCUGGAAAGAGAGGAACUGUGCACACUGCUGCUCCAGAAUGACAGCACUCUAUUGCCUCCUGUGUGUGUCUCGUACAACGAGGGCUCCGGGCAAUUCGGACGCUGCCCUGAGCAGGAAAACUGCCGGAGGCUCCACAUCUGCGACAAGUACAUCCGAGGGACCUGCGGGGCAGGGGCAGAUUGUCCCCGAGCUCACGACUUUUUUGAACCCCACCCUCUGAAUACCCUGAGAGAGCGCGGCAUACCCAACAAGCUCAUGGCCUCCUGUUCUCCGUGUACCAGAACAUCCAGGCCAUGA